UCCACCCCUUCCCAGACAGACACCCAGGGGGCCAAGGGGCCCAGAGUGGACAGAGGCGCCCUCUGUCUCCCGAGCUGGAACAGGUUGCCCUGUGUCCUGUCCAGCCUCACUGGCUUCCCCUCCCCCACGGUCCCCCAGGCAGGGCCCGGGAGGACAGGAGGAAGGGAGGUGGGAAAGGUCCUGGCAGACAGGAGAGGGACGAUCCUGAUCCUAACGAGGGCUCUCAGGAAGGGGGCCUCUCCGUCAAUCACUUCAUCUCGGGAGUCUGGCUGGGGGGCCCCCGGCCUGACACCCCCUCAGAGAGUCCUGAUGGCAGCGGAGCCCCUGACGGAGCUGGAGGCCGCCAUUGAGACAGUGGUCACCACCUUCUUCACCUUUGCAGGGCAGGAGGGCCGGAAGGGCAGCCUCAGCAUCCAUGAGUUUAGGGAACUGGUCACUCAGCAGUUGCCUCACUUGCUCAAGGAGUGGACCCAAAGGUGCUUCUGGGAGAGUUGUAGACCAUCAGUGCUAGAAGGAGGCCAAGAGAAGACAGUCCAAACGCCUCACUUCACAUAUCUUGGUUUCUUCUUCCUAAGAUGCACAGCUCCUUGGAAGCUCAUGGGCCACCUGCCCCCCUUUUCCUACAUUCCUUGACGUCGGAUCCUUAGAUGAGAAGAUGAAGAGCUUGGAUGUGAAUCAGGACUCUGAGCUCAAGUUCCAUGAGUACUGGAGACUGAUUGGGGAGCUGGCCAAGGAGAUCCAGAAGGAGAGAGCCCUGGAGAUCCGGAAGA